AUGACAACGUCUAAAUCGGCAGUUUCUUCCACGACCGGAACGCAAAAUAGAAAUCCGUCGUCGUGGGACCCACAGGACGACGUGCUUCUGCGUCAUUUAAAAGAGGUGAAGAAACUGGGGUGGAAAGAGAUUGCGCAGUACUUUAAAAACCGUACUCCCAACGCGUGCCAGUUUAGAUGGAGGCGUCUCAAGUCUGGAAACCUCAAGACAGCUAAGGCCGGUGACGCGACCAACGGCGGCGCGGUGGAGGAAGUGGCAGCUUCUGCGGUUCCUACCCCAGUGGCAGCGACGCCAGUGGUGGCGAUACCGAUUCCACGCCAGGUAAAUGCGGUAUUGCCCGUCGGCGGUAGUCCCGGCGUGCUCAGUGGGGGGUCGUACUCGUCACCUCACGUCCCUCUGGUUGGGUCUGCUGGCAACGCACAUGUAGGCGCGGGGAAGUUCAUCAAGCCACGCUCGUACUCCCACACUGUGACACCAUCCACCUCAUUCGCCUCUGCACAUAUUUUGGUAACAGAAACCGGCAAGACCGAGGAGGAGAACCUGGGGUUGAUCCCCAAGGUCAUCGUGCGCAGCAGACGUGGCUCUGUGGCUCAACAGACUGCGGCGCCUGGUUCGUCGGAGAUCGGCCAUUCGAACCUCUCACUGGCGCUCAAUACUACGCUCAACUCCUCGAAAUCUAGGAAAAACUCCUUUUCAUCAAGAUCGCGUCGCUCCUCAUUCAACGUGGGUGGUCCGGAACGCAUUUUUGGAACGCCUUCAAGAAGAAGCUCAGUAAUUCAGGCACCUUCUUCGGUAGCUAGUUUGACUAGAAGAGAGAGUUUCAAUUCGUCUACAUCCAGACGUGGGUCAGUGAUUCAAGUAAGAAGGGAGAGUGUCGCUGCACACCAACCGGAUAGACGCGAAUCUUUGUCGCAGUAUACCGACGUGCCCAAAUCACAUGUUUCCCACGUAGCUCCUGCACAUGGCUCUUCUCUCCAGCAAGUUCCAUAUACACAGGUCGUCCAGGAGGCAGAAGUCUGGCUCGAGGACGAAGAUUCCCUUUUAAAUCAGAGACACGAAAAACACCUCUCAAUGGAUGAGCUCAGUAUUUUACUCCCUCAUAGAUCUGAACAGGAGAUUCAAUGGAGAAUCAACAUCCUCGAUAAGGGUUCACCCUCUUCUUCGAGCACUUCACCUUUGAACUCGCCCGAGAGAUCGAUGACCGAGGAUACGGCUAUUGAUGAGGACAAUACUGAGGAGGACCCUCAAAGAAACUCUCAGACCCCAUUUCAUGUGGGCAAGGAAAUUUCGCCAUCUUUAUCGUCUUCAUCCGGGUCAAAUGGCAGAGAUCAUUCCCCCGUGUUCUCGUCGCAUGAAAAAGACAGAGAUCAUUCUCCGGUAGUAUCCGAUGGAACUACAAGGGCAAGCACGGUGAUUCACCAACCUAAUGUUGCUCCAAGACUAAAAUAUGUACUAUCUUCACAAGAUCAUCAUCACCAUCAUCAUACUAUCAAUAACAAUGUCGCUGCAGCCACACAAGGCGCACCGCUACCUAGCCUGAACAGCCUUUUUAAAAAUAUCCUUUAA